AUGAGCCACAAAUUCAAAAGGGUUGCUGUUGCCCAACUAUGUUCAUCCGCUGACUUAGCCAAUAAUCUAAAAGUAAUAAAAAAACUAAUAUCUAGAGCUAUUCAAGAUGAGGCAGAUGUUGUGUUUUUUCCAGAGGCGAGCGACUAUCUUUCUCAAAACCCUCUUCACUCCAGAUAUUUGGCCCAAAAGAGUCCGCAAUUCAUCCAGCAAUUACAAUCGGGAAUCACUGACCUCGUUAAGCAAAAUUCAAGAAAUAUUGAUGUUUCUAUUGGAGUCCACUUGCCGCCAACACAGCAGGAUCUGUUGAAUGGUAAUGAUCGGGUCAAGAAUGUUCUCCUCUAUAUCAAUUACGAAGGGAAAAUACUUCAAAAGUAUCAAAAAUUACAUUUAUUUGACGUAGACGUACCAAAUGGUCCAAUCCUGAAGGAAUCAAAAUCGGUCCAACCGGGGGAAGCUAUUCCCGACAUAAUAGAGACACCUUUGGGUAAAUUGGGUAGCGCAAUAUGCUACGAUAUUCGCUUCCCGGAGUUCCCUUUAAAACUCCGGUCUAUGGGAGCUGAAAUCUUAUGUUUCCCCAGUGCAUUUACUACCAAAACAGGGGAGGCUCACUGGGAGCUACUGGGUAGAGCAAGAGCGGUUGAUACCCAAUGCUAUGUGGUCAUGCCAGGACAAGAAGGUGUCCACGAUCUUUGCGAUCCAGCAUGGGAGAAACAGCAGCAUAUAAUUGCUUCGGCGAAGAGCCCUAAGAGAGAAUCUUGGGGUCAUUCAAUAGUGGUUGAUCCUUGGGGAAAAGUAAUAGCUCGUGCAGACCCAAAUUGUGUCGGUCCGCAGCUUUUUGUUACAGAUUUGGACUUUGAGUUGUUGCAAGACAUAAGAAACAGAAUGCCUUUGUGGAACCAAAGAAGAGACGAUUUGUUUUAUUGA